AUGAAAAGAAAAGUAACAUGGAAAGAAACCAGUGUUGAUUGGACAGAAAAAACCAACGCAAUGUUACCUAAAUUGACACAUAAGGAAUUACUAAAGCUGACCAAGGCUAGGUGUAUCCCACCGUUACUCCCUCGUUUUUACAAGGGCCAAGCCGGUGGGCGGGUCUGCAUCAUUGGUGGAUGCGAGGAUUACACGGGUGCUCCUUACUUUAGUGCUAAUGCUACAGCAUUGAUGGGAUGUGACUUGACCCACGUCAUUUGUGAUAAGGGUGCAGCUACUGUUAUUAAGAGCUAUAGUCCCAAUCUUAUGGUUCAUCCGUAUUUGAGACCGACUUCUUCUUCAUCGUUUAAUGAAUACUUCGAGAAGAUCAAGGGUUUGUUGCAGCGGAUCCAUGUUGUCGUCAUUGGACCCGGUUUGGGUAGAGACCAGGAAAUGCUGGUUUCUGUUAAACGAAUUAUCAAGUUCAUCCUUGAGGAGCACAAGGGAAUGGUUCCUAUUGUAAUUGAUGCAGACGGACUGUAUUUGGUGAGUCAAGAUGAGGAAACUCGUGACUUAUUGAAACAAUUCCCCAAGGGCCGUAUCAUCCUGACACCCAAUGUGGUUGAAUUCAAAAGGAUUCAUGAUGUGUUGAAAAAAGAUGGUCCUAACGAUGAAGAGACGACCGGAUCUGUGAUUGCCAAAAGAUUGAAUUGUAUUGUGGUUCAAAAGGGAAGAGAAGACCAAAUAUUUACACCUGACUCCAAUUCAGUUAUUUUAUCAAAUAAUUGUGAAGGCAGUUUCAAGAGAGUGGGUGGUCAAGGUGACACCCUUUCCGGUACCAUUGCCUGUAUGUUGGCUUUUAGUAGAACUAGAUACGAUUUCAAGGUUUGCACGCCUGAGGAGGAAGAGAAGCUUGGUCACCAGGACGUCAAGAUGGAGUGGCUGGACUACGUUGCUUUAAGUUGCUAUGCUGGAUGUAGCGUUACCAGGGAAUGUGCCCGAUUAGCUUUUAAGGAGACUGGUAGGGCCAUGCAGACAACCGACUUGAAUGAUCGUGUUGGUCAGGUAUUUGCCAAGUUGUUUCCAUUGUAG